UCACGUGGUUAAUUCUCGCCGAACUAGUGACGUCACCGUCAUCCGUUCACUAAGGAGCAGGGAGCAGGCGGAGAGCGGUCCAGGACUGAAAGCAUCCUCCCUAUAAAGGCUUUCUCCUCUGUGUUGGCGGUAGACUCGGGAGCCUUAUUUCUUUCCGCUGUGUUAACUGUGUGUGCAGUGGAGCACAAUGGGAGAGCUAUUCCGUAGUGAAGAGAUGACCCUAGCCCAGCUCUUCCUGCAGUCUGAGGCUGCAUAUUGUUGUGUCAGUGAACUGGGGGAACUGGGAAUGGUACAGUUCAGAGAUCUCAACCCUGAUGUGAACGUGUUCCAGAGGAAGUUUGUGAAUGAAGUGCGGCGUUGUGAGGAGAUGGAUAGAAAGCUGCGGUUUGUGGAGAAAGAGAUUAAGAAAGCCAACAUCCCCAUUGUGGACACUGGUGAAAAUCCAGAAGUACCAUUUCCACGAGACAUGAUCGAUCUUGAGGCAACUUUUGAGAAGCUGGAGAAUGAACUGAAGGAAAUCAACACCAACCAAGAGGCCCUGAAGAAGAAUUUCCUGGAGCUGACUGAGUUAAAGCACAUUCUAAGACGUACCCAGCAGUUCUUUGAUGAGAUGGAAGACCCCAAUCUGCUGGAGGAGACUUCAUCACUGUUGGAUCCCAACGAGGCUGGGAGAGGGGCCCCACUGCGGCUUGGAUUUGUUGCUGGUGUAAUAAGCCGUGAACGGAUACCCACUUUUGAGCGGAUGCUUUGGAGGGUUUGUCGUGGCAAUGUGUUUUUACGACUGGCUGAGAUUGAGGACCCCCUUGAGGACCCCACAACAGGAGAUCAAGUUCAUAAGUCAGUAUUUAUCAUCUUUUUCCAAGGAGACCAACUGAAAAACCGUGUGAAGAAGAUCUGUGAGGGGUUCCGUGCAUCCCUGUACCCUUGUCCUGAAACCCCACAGGAGAGGAAGGAGAUGGCAGCUGGUGUCAGCACCCGCAUUGAUGACCUACAGAUGGUGCUGAAUCAAACUGAGGAUCAUCGGCAGAGGGUUCUUCAGGCUGCUGCUAAAACUCUGCGUGUGUGGUUCAUCAAAGUGAGGAAGAUGAAGGCCAUCUACCACACACUGAACCUCUGCAAUAUUGAUGUCACUCAGAAAUGUUUGAUUGCAGAAGUGUGGUGCCCUGUCUCUGACCUGGACUCAAUACAGUUUGCCCUGCGGAGGGGCACGGAGAGGAGUGGAUCCACUGUUCCUUCCAUCUUGAAUAGAAUGCAGACCAAACAGACUCCACCCACCUACAACAAGACAACCAAAUUCACCUCUGGCUUCCAGAACAUUGUGGAUGCUUAUGGAAUUGGAACAUACAGAGAGAUUAACCCAGCACCCUACACCAUCAUCACCUUUCCUUUUCUGUUUGCUGUGAUGUUUGGGGACAUGGGUCAUGGUGUGCUGAUGACUUGUACCGCCCUCUACCUUGUCAUCAGAGAGAGUCGCCUACUUGCACAGAAGCGUGACAAUGAGAUGUUUAACAUGGUGUUUGCAGGCCGGUAUAUAAUCCUUUUAAUGGGCAUAUUUUCCAUCUACACUGGAAUGAUCUACAACGACUGCUUCUCCAAAUCCCUCAACAUGUUUGGCUCUGGCUGGAGCAUCAAGCCCAUGUUUGGCUCCAAAGGAGGAAACUGGUCUUCUGAGACUCUUGAUGGAAAUCCAGUAUUGCAACUUGACCCAGUUGUACCAGGAGUAUUUGGUGGGCCGUAUCCUCUGGGUAUUGACCCAAUCUGGAACAUUGCCACAAACAAGCUAACCUUCCUGAACUCAUUUAAAAUGAAGAUGUCAAUCAUUCUAGGGGUGAUUCAUAUGUUGUUUGGAGUCACUCUUUCUCUCUUCAAUCAUCUGUACUUUAAGAAGCCUCUGAACAUCUUCUUGGGUUUUAUCCCUGAAAUUGUGUUUAUGAGCUGCCUUUUUGGUUAUUUGAUCUUGCUGAUCUUCUAUAAGUGGACAGCCUAUGAUGCAACCACUUCUAAAGAUGCUCCAAGCCUCCUUAUUGCCUUCAUCAACAUGUGUCUUUUUAACUACAACGAUCCAACUAAUAAAGCUCUGUACAGUGGACAGAUGGGUAUCCAGUCUCUGUUGGUGGUUAUUGCUAUGAGCUGUGUUCCCUGUAUGUUGGUGGUGAAGACCAUGGUGCUCCGUCGUCAGCACCUAUGGAAAAAGCACUUGUCCCAGAUGAGGGAGGCAAGCCCUGCUCAGAAAGUAGAAACUUUAGAGCAAGCAGGCACCAGCUCAUCCACCGGACUCACUCAACAGGGCACACAGAAGUUUGGGGGAGUCCGGGUCGGGAACGGACCCACUGAGGAUGAGGCUGAGAUCAUUGAGCACGACCAGCUAUCCCAGCAUUCUGAUGACGCAGAUGAGCAUUCGGAGGAAGAACCGUUUAACUUUGGGGAUGUAGCAGUCCACCAGGCCAUCCAUACCAUUGAAUACUGUCUUGGUUGCAUUUCCAACACUGCUUCCUACUUGCGUCUCUGGGCUCUUAGCUUGGCUCAUGCACAACUGUCAGAGGUGCUAUGGGGAAUGGUGAUGCACAUGGGCCUGGCCUCCAAGAGUGGUGGUGGAUUCUUCGGCUUGACUAUUAUUUUCCCAGCCUUUGCCACACUUACAGUGUGUAUUCUGCUUGUCAUGGAGGGUCUGUCUGCCUUCCUACAUGCUCUGAGACUGCACUGGGUGGAAUUCCAGAACAAGUUCUACACAGGCCAGGGCUUCAAGUUUGUGCCCUUCUCAUUUGACAGCAUCCUGGAGGGCCGCUUCGAUGAUUAAAACCACAAUUCACACUCCCAACAGACUGCAAGCCUUCAUAGCAUUCUCUUUUGCAUGGAUCUGGUCCUGAUAUUCCUAUAUCAGGAGAGCUUUUCUUGUGAAUUGUGUGUAAGUUGUAACCUUCGACUUUCCAAAUGGCCACUAGAAAACCAUUGUGUUGGGUAUUUUAUGUCUUGUUCUUAGCAGAUUUACAUUAAUGGUUUCUAAAAAAAAAUAUCAGUGUUCAGUGUUUAUUUAAAGCCCUUGAGUGAAAUAUGUGUGAUGUGUGAUAUUGUUAAGCACAGUGACAGCAGUAGAUGUAAGUCUGAUGUUGCUAAUAUUCUGAACUACAAUAUUUUGAGGUCAUAUCUUAGGGCCAUAUUCAGAGUCUGUGGUUACUCACGUUCAGAGACAAGUUAUGGAGCUGCUUUAAAUUUUCUGGGCUCCCCCUUCAGAUUAUUAAAAUCAUCUGCAUGUAGUUCACACCUCUGAGCCAAAUGUUUUUUGAGUAGCAGUGUCUGAGACAAGACAGGGUUUUCAGUAGAGUCCUGACCACCACCAUUAAACGCAAGCACUCCCCUUUAAGCCCAAAAAUAAUCAGGGGUAGACAAUGUGAACUGGAGAAGGAAAUAGCAUUUUUUCCCCUAUGUUGUCAAAUGUAAUAUGAUGUAACAUAAAUGCAAGAGACAAUUUAAAAAUGGAAAAAAAAGACUAAUACAAUAUGUGAAUGAGAAGAUUGUGAGCACUGAAAUAAAUCCUGCUGCAUGAAUAGUUCUACUGUAGUUGUUUAAUUGUAAAUUUAAUGAAGCUAUACUAAAUGAAGGACAUGACAUCAUGAUGUGUGCGUGGGAUAUAGGCAAUUUUAAUAUGCAUUUAGUUCACUAUUUUGAUUUUUCAAUUUAAUAAAAUAAUGACAAUUUUUUCAUUUAAUGCACUCUCCUGUAAAGAAAACAUGCCCACAGUUAAGGAUAAGCUGAUCAUGCAGCCAUCUGCUAUGCUUACAGCUCACUUUACGUAAGUUUUCUUAAUUUUAUCCAUAAAAACAUAAAUUUCAACGUGACAUAUUUUGGUUACAUCAAACUGUCAGAUAGUGGCACUGGAUUUAAUAUUGCUCCUCACUCAAGGUGAUAUCACACAAUAAAAUUGGGCUUAACUCCAACGACAAUCACACAUAACUGAGACACAUCUCUUUUUUCGGCAAACUUCACCCUACAGACACAAAUACCACACUGUCUGAAUAGUGAUAUGCAAAAUGUUCUGUAUUAAAUCCUCCCUACACACAUAACUCUGAAUAUUGCCCUUGGUGAAUAAUCCAGUGAAAAUAUCAGCAUGGUAGUUCAAUAUCAUUCCUAAAUAUAUGAAUAUAACAAAUAUAAUAAAGUGAUUUGAUUUUAAGGUAGUAAAUAUAAGAAUUAAGCAGCUAUAAGAAUUAUGCCAUUUCUAAACCUACCCAAAUUAUUAAAAAUCUCACUGGAGUGGUUAAAGCACUUUUGAAAGUAACAAGGUAUACAGGAUUCUCAUCUCCCCAUGGAAAAUUCUCAUUAUAUUGUAAAUGGGCCUUGCUGAUCACUCUUUCUAUCAUCAGCAGUGGUUUUGGUAUUGGAAAAUGACUGCCUUAGGAAAGGAAGCAGAAGCAGAUGUUUCCCCUGUAAACAGUGAGAUGAUCAAGCCCAGAAUUCUUUAAGUCUGACUUCACUUCUCUCAGAAGGAAUGAGUGCAAUUCACAUUAUCUUCUUGGGAGUGAGAACAUGGGUUGCGGUGAUUGGUUCCAGACAAUGGAUCUGUCUCAAGGUCCCAUCACAGGUUCCCAGGUCCACAGUUAAAUUAAAUUGUUAAUAGCAGCUAUAAAAACAAUCAUAUCUAUUCCUCUUCAAGGCAGAAUAGACAUUCCACAUUCAUUGAUGUCAGUAGUUUUUAAACUCUGUGUAUUGUUCUCUGUAUUGGAAGGUUGUAUUUUAUAAAGGUUUUUGUCUAUUGGUGUAUGCACAUAUCAUAGAAGAUGACCACUGAGUUGUUUAUUGGUGUUUGGGAAAAAUAUUAAGUACAUCUCUAGAGGAGUUUCACUAUUAAAGAGAUCUGCUGGGUAAAGCCAUUAAA